GUUAGCUUUAUUGCUAAUGAAUUGUUGUUGUCUGGUGCAAUAGUCCAAUUAGCCACCUAGCUUGUGUAAGGACGUCGGGUUGAAAUGACUCCGAGCAUCACGUGUGGAGCAGGUUAGACCAGAGUUGUAUCAUAUAACAAUGCGAAUGCUAGCUCGGGUUGCUACCGUAGCUAGCUAGCCGCCCGGGGGCUGUAUUUCGGUGUAGCGCAGUUGUCCCGCUGCUGAAUGGCGAAGUAGCAGCACAGUUUCAUAUCUGCAAAGUUGGCGACUCCGUCCCUCUGGGUUUUCAGGGAACAUGUCGCUACUUGUUGACUCCGACGAUGACACGCCGCUGCUCCGGGACGAUGCCAGCAGCGAUGACUCCCAGGAUGGAGACUACAGGAGUCGGUGGAGGUCCAUCAGAGUCAUGUACUUCACCAUGUUCCUCAGCAGCGUCGGUUUCACUAUAGUCAUCACAUCACUUUGGCCCUAUUUGCAUAAGAUGGAUGCAAGCGCCAACGCCAGCUUCCUGGGAUGGGUGGUGGCAGCCUACAGCCUCGGUCAGAUGGUGGCCUCACCCAUUUUCGGCCUGUGGUCUAAUCACCGACCACGCAGGGAGCCACUGGUGUGCUCCAUUUUCAUCAACCUGUUGGGCAAUAUCUAUUACGCCUAUGCAUACCUGCCCACGACCAGCAACAAGUUCCACAUCCUCUUGUCCAGAGCUUUUGUCGGCUUUGGAGCAGGCAACGUUGCUGUGGUGAGGUCGUAUGUUGCUGAGGCAACAUCGCUCAAGGAGAGAACCGGUGCUAUGGCGAACAUGAGCGCCUGUCAGGCCCUGGGUUUCAUCCUCGGACCGGCACUUCAGGCAUGCCUGUCGUUCAUCGGCGAGCACGGUUUCACGGUGAAGUUCAUAGAUCUGCAGCUCAACAUGUACACUGCUCCUGCUUUACUGGCUGCAGCUUUUGGCCUCAUCAACAUCCUGCUGGUCCUGUUGGUGCUGAGAGAGCAUCGUGUGGAUGAUCAUGGAAGACACAUCCAAGCCAUCAACGUCAUAACAGAAGAUAGAGAUGACAUUAGUGAAGAAACUGAGGAAACCAUUGAUUACAUAGCUGUCCUGACCUCCAACGUCCUCUUCUUCAUGGUCAUGUUCAUCUUUGCCAUCUUUGAGACAAUCGCCACCCCUUUUUCCAUGGACAUGUUCGCCUGGACAAGGAAAGAAGCUGUAAUAUACAAUGGCAUCAUCAUGUGCUGCAUUGGAUUUGAAUCCAUCGUUGUGUUCCUUGUUGUAAAAGUGGCUUCUCAAAGGGUUGGGGAUCGUCCUGUGUUGCUGGUAGGAUUGGCCAUUAUAUUCUGUGGUUUCUUUACCCUGCUUCCAUGGGGGAAUCAUUACCCAAAAAUCCAGUGGGCGGACCUAAAAAACAACUCAAUGGUCAGUCACAUAUCUGAGGCCACGUUAGCCUCCAACAGCUCUUUAGAACCAACAGGAUGCCCGUAUCAACAGACCUGGUGCCAGUAUACUCCCGCAAUACACAUCGGUCAGUACAUCUCAGCUGACAUCUUGAUUGGCAUGGGAUACCCAGCCUGCAACGUCAUGUCCUACACACUUUAUUCCAAAAUCCUCGGACCCAAACCUCAGGGUGUGUACAUGGGGUGGUUGACGGCCUCUGGCAGCGGUGCACGGACAUUGGGUCCUGUUUUCGUCUCCCAGGUUUACACGAUCUUGGGACCUCGCUGGGCCUUCAGCCUCAUCUGCGGGAUGGUGAUAGGGGCCAUCGUCCUCCUGAGCUCUGUUUACCACAGACUCAUCGCAUUCUCUGUACGCCUCGGACGGACGGUAGAAUAAAUCUCAAUAGAGAGACCGAUGGCAGUUUCCUUACUUUUAUUCUCAGUUAGAUAAGAUGAACCCAAAACCGUUUUUUCCAUUACUCUUAGUCACUUUACAAUGUGGUUAUUGAUUUGAGAGUUAAUGACUCAGGGUGGACCUUUGAACUCUAUGGCGAAGAGAUAAGGCCAGGUUGUUCCUCUUGACCAAGAAAAGGCUGCUCCGCUUUGAGUUCAAAGGGAGCGAGAAGUGCUGCUGCACUUUCACUCAUUGUGAAAGAAGUCACGUGAUGCUUCAUAAUUCUGUAAGGCAUUGUCUUGUAUGAGGUGAAGGCAGGAUAUCGAGCCGAUUGCAGUUUUAAAUCAAAAAGUUACUCAACAUUUGUUACUGAAAUAUUGUAACUUAAAGCACAGUGUUAAUUAAUUCUGACUGAAUGAAUACAGAGGCUUCUUUAGCAGAGGACAGGUUUUUUGGGCUGACUUUGCUUUGAAGAUAAGAUAAGAUAAGAUCGACUUCCCCACACUGGGGAAACUGCAACAUUGGAAUCCACAGGCUCAUGCACAGACAAUGUGAACUACCACAAUCUUAAUGAUGCUACUUUAAUACAAAUACAUUAGUUAUUUAAUUUUUACUGACAGGAAAUGCGUUGACGAUUGUAUAAGAUCUGAUUCCUUGGAAUUGGCAUUCCUUAUGUUGUAUUUACUACACUUGCAAA